AUGUCAUACUACGGCGACGCGCAAUGGCCCGCUGGCGGUCAGCCUGGUUGGGACCACCAAACCCCUCCCACGCGCUCCGGCGCGAGCUCCACGAUACCUCGCGAGGAAACCUCGGCAUUCUGGUAUCAAUUUGAGGAGGUUGAGCGCUCCAUCGAGAAUCUGGUCAAGAGCGGUAAAAUGUUCGGGAUUCCUGGUGGCAGACACCCUCGUGGCUCCGGCGGCCCCCAGCGCCCACAAUCGGUCGAGUUUGAUGGCCGGUCUGGCCCCCCUUCGUCGAACCUCCAGAAUUUCUACGCCUCCCAGCGACACCAAUCCUCGCGCGGCUCCAACGAGGCGGAGCAGAUGAUGCAGGCCAAGAGGAGGAUGGCAGCUCAGCGGGAGCGCGAGCUUCGCAACUAUCAUCAGGAGCAGCAAUACAACCGAACUGCUGUCACCGACAUUCAACCCGGCCCCAGCUCCGCCAACGCGCCCAAGUCUGCCGAACGGACACUGAGCCCCAGCGGCAUGUCGGAGGAAGCCCGUCGUGAGCUGAUCUCGCGCCAGCGGAGCGCGCUGUACGGCGAAAGCCCCUUUGGACAGACAGGAGGGUACAUCGAUGAGACCGGAACACCUCGCCAGGGAUUGCCCGUCCACCACGGUGGACCUCCGGGUAUGCGCGGCCCGUCGCCCCUGACGUAUGAAGCCGGCCCGCAGCCGCCCAACGAGCCGGUCUCGGCUGGUCCUCAACAGCGAGAGCGGAACAGCAGCAACGCCAGCCCGGCCUCUAACCCUGCCGGCAACAAAGGCUCGCUUGAACAGCAGAUCAGCAGGACUAGCAACUCCUCGCCUGGUGGCGAGAAUGGCAGGGCCGUCACCGGGAAACCCGUGGCUCCUAUCGGCACGCGGCCCUCGGGACCGCCCACCUCCCAGGGACCACCGAACCCGGCUCUGCAGAGGCAGUCGACUACUCCUCUGCCGUCGCCCCUGAACCAAGGCUACAACGUUUCGGGAGGCGGCGAAUCAGGCGGUGUGAACACCGCGGCUGGACCGGCCAAUCCUACCUCGGCUGGGUCUGACGCUCCUGUUGGGCUGGGCAGCUGGCCUCAGAGAGGACAGCCUUGGGGCCCCAAGACACAGACCAGCGUGUGGGGCUAA